AUGAUGACAGGUCGGAAGGCUGCUCGCGGACCAUUGAAAGUAGUAUAUGAACCGCCUUUACCACAUCCCACACCGAACGACCCCGAAAAAUCAAAGUCUUUAUUGCCUAUCGGUACCGCUGCCGAUGAACAUGCAACAGGUGAUGAGUAAGUUACAGAUUUCUAUCAAAUGUAUAUUUGCACUCAAGAAUAGCAUAUUGCCUGUAAGUGUUUGAAAAUUUUAACGAGCAUUCCAACCGCAAACAAUAAGAAUUUUCACUGAGCUCAUUCUAACUGCAGAAAACUUAACCUGUCUGCACCUGGGGGUCAUAUCAAAACCAACAUUGAAAUCUGCUUCAGAUCACAUUUCAAAGAAAAUUUGGGUCGCAUUCACACCUACUGGACUGACUCGGAUGAUGCACUCUCCGUCUCCAGUUCCACGACCAAUCCCAGCAGUCAGGAGAGUAUUGACUUCUCCCCACUUCUCCGACGCUCUUCUACGCGGCGAAUUUCGCGCCUACUGCUCUCACAACGGUCAGACGCUGAUAUUCGACGCCAUUUUCCAGUCGCUUGUCGCAGCGCAAUGCAACUGAAAACGGCGUCACCCACACCGCAUCAGCCUUGGGCGACGGGGGUGGUAACGGAGGGGGAACGGAAACGCGUCGCCACAACGGCUGCCGACGCGGUGUCUGGCCGGCUCUCCAUGCUCUGCAACGAUUCGCUAAGCUGCGCCUGUUGCACCACCCCGAAACGCCCACGUACCGCAGAGAUCCAACUCACGCAGCCACGCGGCGCCUCCCCCUCCUCCCACGCCUUCCCCAGUCUCCUCAUCAUGGGCGCCGGUGUCCGUUCGCAUCCCCUGUACGCCUGCAAACGGCGACUAAGUAUGGAGACGGAGGCAGAGGUUGAUGGGUGUUUCCCACCCAACGACGAAGUAGCCACAUCCAGCCUGGCUCCCAUCUGUCCCGUUCCGAUGCCACCGGCCUUCCAAGCAUCUAUUCUUAACGAGGAGCCGACGCGUGCCUGGAAUAUUACAAAGAGAACUGCCCAAACACAAACCUCACCUUGUAAGUGCAUUCCGGUUUUUCGUAUUAUCCGCGAAGUUAUUUUGAAAUGAAAUGACCGUGUGAAAAAUCACCCAUCGCACACGAAACUAAAAUCUUCCCAGUAUGAUGGUUGGACAUGGCUGUCUGACGAUGGCAAACCAGCUAGCUGUAGUGGUAACAGUUAUUAUUAUUGGGCCACUUUUAUGCGGUCGGGUGCGGGUCUCUGUGUUUCCCCUGGCUAGAUUAAUGAAGUUUAUGCACGUGAAUGGGUAUCUCCUGUUACAUUAGACAGGACGCACUCUGCGGCUCAAUGAUAGCUGUUAAAUUCGAUGUUCAGAGACCCAGGACUCGGGAUCUGAAUUGGGGAAGUUACUGUAUGAUUCACUGACGGUAGUAGAUGGCCAUUUAGAUCCCCGUUUUAGCAUUAAAAACUUUCUUGAUGUAAGAUAUAUUUCGUAAUGAAAACUGUCUUGUCAACAAUGUUAAAAUUUUUAAGUGAGUUCCUCGUCUUUUUCUUCAGCUCCACCGCCUCGAUCCUCGCACCGAUCUAGGUGAGUUAUUUGUGGGUUUUAAUCUUGCAUCCAUACCAGGAUGGAAAUUAUCACUGGUAUAAAUUACAGAGCCACAAAUUUCUGCAUGUUAUCAGUAGGAAGGUCAUAAGCAUGUGCAUAGAUUAAUUAUGAUCACCUUCGUAACUGUUACUGUCCGGUCUGAACAGUCGACACCAGACGCGCUCAUAAAUCGCGAGAUGCUGUAGCAAGUACCAAAAGACUAAUAAUUAUUUUGGCUCAUUUAAAUUGUAGACGCAGCAGUGGUGCCAAAGUGCUUUCAUCUAUUAAAAAGAAAAUGGGAAGUAUACGAAGGGCUGUAAGCGCAGAUCGGAAUGAUAAGCGUUUCUUCAGCAGCUUCACUUCGACAACGAAACCGAGCCGGAACCGUCGGUCUUCAGAGUCGAAUCUCUGCACGCCAAAAAUACCAACGAAUUAUGAUAGGGUCGGAGCUACUGCCGGUCAGAGCGCUGUCACCUGCGUUCUACUGCAAACAUUCUCUGACAGGAGCUACCUCGUUCAACUGAAACGCACGUCGACCGCAAUUCAAUUCGGAUUCUACAUUGCCAAAGAUUCCCAAGGUUAG